UACACUCCGCCAUUGAGGGACCCACAGUCGGGAGGAGGAAAGGGUCAGAGUCAGAGAGGCAGCACGUUUCUACACUCUUCUACGGCAACUUUGUCUCCAGCUACCAUUUUUAAUAUUUAAUUCGCGUCAUUGUCUUGGUUUCCGUGGAUGUUUUUCUGUUGACAGCUGUUUGUUUCGUCUCCAACGAGGAACCAGUUUUUACCAGAUUCUAGAAGUAACGGGCAGGACCAGAGCUAGCUGACGUUAGCUAGCGUCCUGGCUAGCUGCACACGAGCUGAGCACUGCUCGCUGGUGGGGGUGGUGGGGCAGGGGCAGGGGGGGCGGUUUGCCUACAGUGUCGUUUGAUGGAUCCGAGAAUCGCCUGGUUUCAACCAGAACAACGCGGACCCGCUAACAACCUGUGGAUGCAGAUCUGGGAGACGACGCAGGGUCUGGUGUAUUUGCAAGUCAACAGCAGCAGCAGCCACGCCGCGGGAUCUCAGAGCCUGAACGCGACCGUGAACGGGGCGUCGGGAGCCGUCCUCGCCAGCAGAAACGGGACAGGCGACUCGAACACCGGUAGCGGAGAAGCCAAGACUCAGGGGAUGUCGGCCUCAGUUGGGGACGGGGAAUUAGCCCAACAACGGGACUUUAUACCACUGGAAACCAAUAGCAACCACAACCACCGAGCAGCUGGCAGGGAUGUUGUCGGUGGAGGGGGGCAGCAGCAGCAGCAGGAGGGCAGCGGGGUCGCUGUGGUGUGGAGGGGAGUGACGGACGGACACCCCAACAAAAGAAAAAGAGACAACAAAGCUAGCACUUUCGGAUUCAAUUCCAGCCUCCUGAACAGUGGCAGUGGCUUCAACACGGGGGGAUAUGACGGCUACACUGGCACGCCGUGGAAAGACAGGAACUACUCAGAGGGAAUUGUUGGGUUGCACGAGGAAAUCAGUGACUUCUAUGAGUACAUUUCCCCACGGCCGGAGGAGGAAAAGAUGAGGCUGGAGGUGGUGGACAGAAUCAAGGGAGUCAUCCACGACCUGUGGCCCAGUGCUGAGGUUCAAGUGUUUGGGAGUUUCAGCACUGGUCUUUAUCUGCCAACAAGUGACAUUGACCUGGUCGUAUUUGGGAAGUGGGAGACGCUCCCGCUUUGGACGUUGGAAGAGGCUCUACGGAAGAGAAACGUUGCAGAUGAGAAUUCCAUCAAAGUCCUGGACAAAGCUACGGUUCCCAUCAUCAAACUGACUGACUCCUUUACUGAGGUCAAAGUUGACAUCAGCUUCAACGUGAAGAGUGGCGUUAAAGCUGCUCGCCUCAUCAAGGAAUUCAAAGAGAAAUACCCUGUGCUGCCUUACCUGGUCCUGGUCCUGAAGCAGUUCCUCCUGCAGAGGGAUCUUAAUGAAGUUUUUACUGGUGGAAUCGGCUCCUACAGUCUCUUUCUCAUGGCUGUCAGCUUCCUGCAGCUUCACUACAGGGAGGAUGUGUGCAGUCCCAACAUCAACAUCGGUGUUCUGCUCAUUGAGUUCUUCGAGCUCUACGGUCGCCACUUCAACUACCUGAAAACAGGCAUCAGGAUAAAAGACGGAGGUUGCUAUGUUGCCAAAGAUGAGGUUCAGAAGAACAUGAUGGAUGGCUACAGGCCCUCCAUGCUCUACAUCGAGGACCCGCUGCAGCCAGACAACGACGUCGGCCGGAGUUCAUACGGUGCCAUGCAGGUGAAACAGGCAUUUGACUACGCCUAUGUGGUGCUCAGCCACGCCGUGUCACCCAUCGCUAAGUAUUACCCCAACAAUGAGACUGAGAGUAUACUUGGCCGAAUAAUUCGAGUAACUCAAGAAGUGGACGAAUACAGGGAAUGGAUUCGAAAGAACUGGGGGAGCCCAUCUCAGAAUGACCUGUCACUCAACAGAAAUGAUGUCGCGUUGUUUGAGUCCCAGCAACUCGACGAAUGCAACAACAACGUUCCUGAAGACGAUGACGACGAUGACGUUGUGGUCCUGCCAUCGGCUCCCCACAGCAAAACCUCCUCCAACUCCUCCUCUCCUUCCCCUUCGCUGCGCUCCUCUCCCUCCUCCUCUCCACUCUCACCGUCUUCCACGUCCUCUCCUUCCACCUCCAGCGAUGGGGACUCUGAUGGCACACCGUGUAAGACAGCCAAGCAGCAGUCUGGCCGAGGAUCUAGUACCCACAGAGAAAAAUCUGCUGUGGUCAGUAAUCACCGAACACAGAGCCACACUACCAGCACUCCAUCUGGAAGCAACAAAGGGGGAAAGGCCAGGAUGGCUCGAUCCCACCAUAAGAGUGGCCACCAGGGGCAACAGAACUCCUCCUCUAGCACCAAAAGUCAUCAGAGCAACAAGCCACACCACCAAGGCAACAGCAAGAAGAGGAAAAAUGUGCGAGACACUACACAAGAGGACCUCUGCAGAUAGGGAUUACUUGACUUGUCCCUCCUCCCUUGUCCUUGUCUGCAACUGACUGACUGUCCUGUCCCACUUCUGCUGCCAGACUCCAGCCUCCGGAGGUUGUUAGUAGUAUUAAAACAUCUGCAGAAUAUUCUCUCUGUCAGUCUUUUUGGGGCAAGCAACGAUUUCCUUCAGGAAAAAAAAAAGAACAAAAAAAAAAAGAAUUGUUAGAUAAGAUGGGUUUAAUUUUCUUGGACCUGAACUGAAAUCACAAAGAGUAAUUGCUCGAUUGCUUCCCAACAGCUUCUUUUAAGGAGCGUUUGUCCUUCCCACAGCCAGCAUCUACACAACAUGCCUCUUGCGCCUCCUGCUGUACAGGAAUAGACAGGUCAGGUGUCUGGAACUGACUCUGGAGCAAUACCUGGAACUGCUGGCUGGGAAAAAAAAAAAAGCAUAAAAAUUUUAUCAAAAAAAAAGAAGAAAAUUGUUUAAAUGUAUAAAAACACAAAUGUUACGUUUAAAACUGACAAACAUGUACACAGAUUUUUUUAAGAUGGUCACUUUACAAAUGCAAUCAGUAAGAGUGGGACAUAACUUAAGCAUGAGAAUUUUUUUGUUGGUUGAUUUCUUUUCUCUGUUGGUUGAAGCCGUUUUGUUAUGUCUAAACAAACAAAAUUUGUAAAAAAAAAAAAAAAAAAUACAACAAAAAAAAAAAAAACGCUUAAGCAAAAAACUGUAAGGAGAGAUUUCAUAUGACCUUUUUACAAGAUAUACUGAUUGAAGUCAUGUAAACAUGCUCAUCCUGUGCCCGCUGCUUUUCGGCCAAAGCCAAAGAGCUGGUUUGGGUCCCAUUGCCAACAAAAAUCAUCAGCAUCCACUUUUACUCCUGGUUGCUCUCUGUGACUGUGUUAACAUUUCGCCUUGAGAGAGCCAGUGCUCACAUCACAGCCCCAUAGAUGACUGGAAGCCCCUCUCAUCCAGCUCAAUAGCACAGCCACAUCAGGGUAGAGGCUUCAUUCAGUACUACAGGUUUAAAUCAGUUGGGAGUGAAAAUGGUUUUAUUGAGAAAUCCUAAACUUGAAAUGUGUCAACAAUACAAUGGUAUCUGAAUCUGUUUCUUUUUGGUAAUUGACCAACUACAAAUCAUUGUUAUUUGUAUGAUGUAUUUAUUUUUUUAUUAAUUAUAUGAACAUAGUAUGGAUAAAUGUAUUAUUGACUGUAAAGCCCAUAUCCCAGAGUCCUAUAGUUGAAAUAGGAAAAAAUGUGUGGGUGGGGUGGGGAAAGACCGAUAUAUUCAGCUACAACAAACCAUCACCUUUCUAUUAAUUCAGUGGGUUGUUUUUGUUUUUGUUUAGUUUUUUUUUCCAGUGACAGUUGAGUGACCAAGUUACUUUGACAAAUUUAAGAGACCAUUUUACAUAUGGUGAGAAUUUAGUUUUAAUAUUUGGCUGGUCUACGUACUCUAAAAGGGAGUUGAUUUUUUUUUUUUUUUUUUGUACAAUGUAUGAACUGUCAAUACUUCAUCAACAUGUCGACACCCCUCUGUCGUUGCAGUACAACAACUGACCUGUAGAUGGAGUCAUUGAUCCGAGUUUGAAUCCACACAGUUUGGCCUUGUAUACUGCAUUUGCGUUAUCUUUGUGAUUGAUUGAUUGAUAAUAGGUUAAUGUCUCAACUUGAAUGGGCAGCUGCAUAUAGAAAACGUUUUAAGCUGAGUGUUUACUUGGAGGGAGUAACACACCAAAGCACAGUGCAUCUCCCAAAUGUGACAAAUUAUCACACAGUAUCACAAGUAGCCAGCAAUAACCACCACCCUACAUUAUAUAAUGACUACUAUGGCGACACCAUGUCAUACUCACCAUUGCGCGACUUGAAUGAGGCCGUGAAGCACACCGGGGUUCACUUACAGCCUGUUAUAUCUGCAGAAAUAUUAAGGAGUAAAGUCCCAUGCCCUCUUAUUACUCACCAGUUAAAAUGCAGUAUAUAAGCGCUGGUCUUGUGGUCUACACACGAGCAGAAAGGUGAAUCAACUUAGCCGUGCCAUCUGAAUGUCCACUGACCGUGUCUCUUCACUACAGGGAGACCACCAAACCGACUGUACUCACCCGAACUCUUGUUUCUCUGCAGCUAUUUCAAAUUCAUGCAAUAAAAACGGUACCAUCAAA